CAUGGUUCAAGCCGAAGAAGUGAGAAGAUGGACUUGAAUCUAGGUGAUCUCAAGCUUUCUCCUAUCAAAGGUGGACAAUGGGUGGUGAGAACGAAAGGAGGAAAAGUAACAGAAGCCCAGGAGAAGGAGGAUGAAGAGAUGAAUAACGAAGAGGGAGGCAAGAUAAAGAGGGAAUCAAUCGACUGA